CUCCCUUACCGCGUUCCCGACGCGCCUACCGUCGAUAUACACACCACCCCACUCGCUCAUUAUACACCACUCUUGCAGUUUGGAGAACCGUGGACAUAAUCGUUAAACAUGCAAACUCGGCCUCAGCAGAUGCCGCAGCCCGAGAGGGCCCAUACCGCGGGCACUGUCGGAUCCUUCCGACACGAGCAUGGGCCCGGCGAAUUCACCCCCGAGGUGUCUCCACUGGGUCAGCUCAUCUACCGUGGGAGGAUGCUCAAGAAGGAGCUGCAGCACACUACCGAGCGUGAUGUACCGUCACACUCCCAAUUCAAAGAGCCACACUCCGGGAGACCAGAUUAUCCCACCCCGAUAGACGAAGAGCAGGGCUUCCGUCUACGCAGCGAUUCCUCGGUUAGUGAGCGGACGGAAGUACCACCGACGCCACGACCGGAGCCCGUCGAGAUGCGCAUGCCUCGGUUCAGUACUCUCACCAACGAUAGUAGUGAUGACCGCGAUAGCAUGUACUCGAAUGACCGGGACUCCUCGAUCAUGGGCUCGUUUUCUUUUGGGUUCGGUGGUGCUCACACUGUAGGGCCACCUGACAUCCAGAGUGCUCCCAAAGCCGUCAGACAAGAGUUCAACGAAGGGAGGGACUCGGUCAGGCCUACGAUCGGACACUCGCAAUUAGAGGAAGAGUUGCAGCAGGCGCCGCAACCACAGACGGCUAGAGCUGAAUUCUUUCCUACCCGCGAAUCUGUCAAGCUCGUCUUGGCGUCCGUCGACGACUUGGAGGACGACGAGGAGGAGGUCAGCCCAACAGGGACCAGAAGUCAUUUUCCUGCACAAGGUGUCCCGGGCAUGGAUGAACGCAUGCGGGAGGGCCACAGAGCAGAGAGGUCGGGAGGAAAACCGUAUGUGUCCGGAGGAAGGCCUGCAAUGGGAGGACCGGGAUUCAUACCAGGAGGAAGGCCAGGACCACCGAACAUGAUGCCAGGAGGAGGAGACAGGAGGGUUAGUCCGGGUCCUUCGGGACACCCCGGGUUCAACAGGACGCAGUCACAACCUGGAUUGCGCGCUCAACGGGCACCACCAAAUCGGCAACCUUCGGGCGACGAUUACCGACAGGCUCCGGCGGCGCAACCGGCUCUGUACGCGCCUAAACAGUACCAACCGUACCGGCAAGAUACAACCAGUCCGGUUGGUUAUGGUCCACCUCCCAGAGUUAGUUCUGCCGAAAACGGCAGAUUCCUACCUCCACUCCGGACCGGCUCCGGGAACUCGGACCGGUUGAUACCAGUGCGGACCGAUUCCAGGAACUCGGAGCGAUUGAUACCGGUCCGGACCGAUUCCAGGGGGUCGGAUUCACACUUUGGACCUCCGAGUCGGCAGAACUCGAACGAGUCCGAGAAGGCGAGAUAUGCGCCCUAUCGGCAAGGGUCGGCAGGUUCACUACCGGCCAGGCAGAAUUCGCUGGAGACCAGUGGUGAUCGUGGCUACCCACGGAAUUCACCGUCACCCCAGCCGCCGUCGAUUCUCCCGAUGAUAUCCGAUGAACGGUGUGCAACUCCUGAUUCACAGAAUACCAUUCAACCGGGCAUAACUUCGCCCAUCUAUUCACCCAAUCCGUGGAAGAUGGAGCGCAGUGCGUCAGCGGCGUCGGAUGUCAACUCCAUCUACACCAUCGGUGGAACGCGGAAACCACCACUCAACUUUUCCCGGCCACUCGGUGGUAGACCGUCGAUGGACUCACAGCAUAGGCCUUCCAUCGAUACUACGAAUAUGGGAUAUGAUCAUGACCCUUUGCUUCACGGGGAACCAGGGGAUACCGUACAGGACGGACCAGCACCCACUUACCUGUAUACCAAGUUUGAUCUCCCCAGGGGACGUCGUUUGGGACGUGAUUCUGUGAUAUUCCAGGAUUCUCAUCCCGGCGCCGAGGGCCAGCAGCAGCAGCGGCGGCAGCACCAACAGCAACCACAGCAGCAAAACCGCGGACCACGCCCUCAGGGUCCCCAUCCUCAGGGUCCCCAUCCUGGCCCCUCAAUGUCUCCUUCGCCACCCAAGGGCAGCAUGCUUUCACCACCGCCACGGCUCCUUCCUGCCCCUACUUCACCACGUUUGGACAAUCGAGGGCCCGGAUCUACGACGCCUACCGUGCAACCCCCAAGGUCGCCGCGGUUGCCACCUGCUCCGUCCGCAGUGUUGACGGCGGACGAGCACCUGUCCAAGGGCAUCGAUCUGCACGAGAAAGGAGCACUCCAGGAAUCGACCUACCAUCUCCGGUGCGCAGCGCAUGGUGGACACCCCACCGGUAUGUUGCUUUACGCACUCGCCUGCCGCCACGGUUGGGGCAUGCGGCCGAACCAGAGGGAGGGAGUCGAGUGGUUGAAGAAGGUCACACAACUUGCUAGUAGCGAAGUUGCGGACGACGAGAAAGGGGUUGUCAAUGUACCUUUUAUCGAAAAACAGGGCAGGCGUGCUCAGUUUGCGUUAAGCAUAUAUGAAUUGGGCGUCAGUCACUUGAACGGAUGGGGAACCGAGAUGGAUAAGGGGCUGGCGCUUAACUGCUUCGAGAUUGCAGGCAAAUGGGGAGACCCGGAUGCACUCUCGGAGGCUGGCUUCUGCUGGGCUAACGGAGUCGGAUGCAAGAAAGACAUGAAGAAGGCGGCCAAGUUUUAUCGUAUGGCGGAGGGCAAAGGCGUCAGCAUGGUUGGAAAUAGCUGGAUCUGGAAAGACAAGUACCUUGACGACGAGGGUAGGGCCCUCAAACUCAAGAAAGAGGGUGGUGCUGGUGCUGCUGGUGGGGCGAAAAAGGAGAAGGAGGGAGGACUCUUUUCAAGAAAGAAGAGUCUUCCUAUGUGAGUGGACGCUUGGGUUACGAGCAUUUCCCUAUGUUUUUUCCUCCCCGUUUUCUUUUUCCUUUCCGUUUGCUUUGUUUUUCAUGUCUUACUAGGGGUUCUUUCUUGCUUGUAUUCUUCAUUGAUCUUGUACUUAUACCACUUGUCCGUCAUCUAACCAUU